AAGCCAGAGAUGAGCGCAGCAAGAUCCCAUUCCUCCCUGCAGAUGCUUGUCGGAAAGAGAAAGUUCCUCUCCUGGGCGAGCUGAAGAAGGAACAGACCAGGGCAAAUCUCUGAAAACAGCGGAAGGAAUGCAAAACACAGAUCCUCCUGAAGAAGAAAUGCAAAAUACAGGUGAUGUAGGACGCAUGGUUGGAAUUUCAGGCUCAGAGGCGCCAGCUUCUCCAGUGGGACAACCCGGCCUAGGUGCCCCAAAUCAACCGGCUCUGGACGUGAACCCACCAAACUCUUUCCCUCCAGCCUUUUGGGUAGCAUCUCCUCCAGACAGCCCUGCAGAGAAAGUGGAUCUUGGAUGCUCCUCUGCAGUCCCAGCCGCAGACACAGACUGUGUCAUCUGCUUUAACCAGUACAGUCUUAGCAGACUGCCAAAACUUCUGGCUUGCCAGCAUGUCUUCUGCGCCGUCUGCCUGAAGCUUAUCCUGAGAAACGACGGGAAGACGUGGGAAAUUGCUUGCCCCAUCUGCCGAAAAGCCACUUCCGUCUUUGGGGGCCUUAUCUGCAGCCUCCGUGAUAAGGAGGAAGCUGUUCUUGAGCCCUUGCCAAACCCUGGCUGGAAUGCAGAGGGUCUCUUUCCUUGGGAUGCUCGGAGAGGGAAGUCACUGGCUCGUGGCACUUUCCACGUCAACCCAGAUGAUGAUGGCGGCAGCAGCGAUAAUGUCAGGGUGGCUGCCAAGCGGCUGGUCUUCCUUCUGCUGCUCACAGCCCUGCUCGCAGCCCUCAUUCUACCCAUCUUGGAUGGGGGGCUGCUGAAGUGGUCCAUCUGCAUCGCCAUGGGCUGGGGACUGGCCUUAGCUGGGGUGCUUUGUUUCAACCCAAAGUGGAGGUGCAGCAGCCUCUGUGGUUCUCUCCCAUCCUGGGGAAAGAGAGUGAGUCACAUCACCUCUGUCGCCUGAAAGUUCCCUGCACUGCAAUUAUUAAACUAUGGAACCUUCUUCCACAAGAGGUAGGGAUGGUCACCGACAUGGAUGGCUUUAACCUGGGCCCACUUGACCCGUGUGAUUGCCUUACUCCAUAUAAGCCCAUUUGACCAUUUUGAUCUACAGAACUGGCAUUGUUACAGGUGCCACCUAAUACUUGUUUUACCUUUGUAAGAAAUCAUUUAGCUUGGCAAAACCUACACUUUGGAACUCCCUGCCUAUUGACAUCAAGCAGAACCCUUCACUGUACUCUUUUCAGCUCCUGCUAAAAACAUUGUUGGUUAGACAAGUCUACCCAGAUACCUAGAAUGUUGAAAUGUGUUUUAAUCUGUUUUUAGCUCGUUGGUGAUUGUAUUUUUGAAUGUUCUGUUUUUAACUUUUUGACCGAUAA